GUACCAAAGUCCUCAUUUUCAAAAACCCAACUCUAUUUAGCAACUUUCUAGAGAGAGAAAACACACACACACUUUUCCACCUUCAUGUGCAAUUGCAAAAAUUCACCCAUUUAGAGAGAGAAAGAAAGCUUAAAGUUUUUGCAUUUGGGUAUAUUUUCUUUCUAUACAUGUGGGAAAGCAAUCAUAUUUGUAAUUGAAUCAAGAAAGUUCAAGGAAGGUGAUUCCGGUUAAAAGAUUGCAAAUUGUUAAUGGAGGCCUGUAGUAUGAGUUAUUCAAGAAACAUGGAUGAUGAGUAUGAGAAGUUUAUUCGACGAAUGAAUCCGCCGAGAGUUGUAAUCGACAACGAAUCCUGCAAGAAUGCCACCAUUAUUCAGGUGGAUAGUGUUAACAGACAUGGUAUACUUUUGGAAGUUGUUCAAGUUCUUACUGAUCUCAAUUUCAUCUUCACAAAAGCUUACAUAAGUUCUGAUGGAGGCUGGUUCAUGGAUGUUUUUAAUGUUACUGAUCAAGAUGGGAACAAAAUCACUGAUGAAGAAGUUUUGGAUUACAUUCAAAAGGCACUUGGUUCGGAAACUAGCUUUACAACAUCAGUUGAUUCAAUCGGGGUCACAUCGUCAACAGAUCACACGGUAAUCGAGUUAAUCGGAAGUGAUAGACCCGGGCUACUAUCCGAACUAUGUGCGGUCCUGACACACUUGAAGUGUAACGUGUUGAACGGUGAGGUUUGGACCCACAACACGCGGGCUGCAUCCGUGAUGCAAGUGACCGACGAGGAGUCAGGGUUAGCCAUUACGGACCCGGAGAAACUGUCUAUCAUAAAAAAAAUGCUUUGUAAUGUUCUUAAAGGUAGCGACAAAGGUAACGAGGCUAAAACGGUGGUCUCUUGUGGCGUGACGCACACUGAAAGACGGCUGCAUCAAAUGAUGUUUGCGGAUAGAGAUUACGAGAGACCGCAGGAGGGUUGUAGUGAAAAUCAAAGGCCUGAUGUUAAAGUUGUGAAUUGGUAUGAUAAAGAUUAUUCGGUUGUUACGAUUAGGUGUAAAGAUAGGCCCAAACUUUUAUUCGAUACGAUUUGUACUUUAACGGAUAUGGAGUAUGUCGUGUUUCAUGGAAAUGUAGACGCUGAAGGGCCCGAAGCUUACCAGGAAUACUGUAUUAGACAUACCGAUGGGUUCCCAGUGAAUUCAGAAGCGGAAAGACAAAGGGUGAUCCAGUGCCUUGAAGCUGCCAUAGAAAGAAGAGUGUCUGAGGGAUUGAAGCUAGAACUUUGCACAACCGAUCGAGUCGGGCUGCUAUCUGAUGUCACACGUAUCUUCCGCGAGAACAGCCUAACUGUCACGCGAGCCGAGGUGACAACACGAGCCGGAAAAGCCAUGAACACAUUCUAUGUUGGUGAUGCUUCAGGAUACCCCAUUGACCCGCGGAUCAUCGACUCUAUCAGGAAAGAAAUCGGGCAGACAAUACUAAAAGUCAAAGGCAACGCUCCAGAAUUUUCGCAAAAUCCUCAAGAAUCACCCAACAGGUUCCUGUUUGGUGGGCUUUUUAAGUCAAAAUCUUUUUGCAAUUUUGGUAUUGUUAGAUCAUACUCAUGAAGUACUAGACACCAGUUUGGUACACAAUUUGUAAAUAUCAAGAAUCAAGAUUCUUGUUUUUGACUUUUGUUGACUUAUUGUGAUUCAACUUGCUUUUCAUGAAAUUGGUGUGAA